AGAAACAUUUUGUGUCUUGAGGUAUCUGAGAAUGGUAAACAAGCAUUUGCCGAAUUCAUUGUUUCCUUUGGCUAUGGAAGGAAACGAAGUCAUGCACUAGAAAAGUCUUUUUGAUGGCUUGGAGCCAAGCUGGAAAUUGUUCACGCUUAGAAAGCAGAAAAUAAUUACAACUGAAUAGGGAGUGUAUUCUCCAUUGCUUCCGUAUUAAGAACGUAUGACUUGCCUUAUAAGAAGCUCAUUGCCAUAUCUGUUUUGAAUUGCUUCAAGAGAAGUUGAAUUUAGUGUCAGAGCAACAUUAAUAUUCGCAGUACCUUGGGAACACAGAGCCAAAAAAGCAGCUUCAAGGAGAAGGAGCAAAGGUGAAUGAAGACUUCACUUGGGUUGAAGAUGUGGACUUGAUCAUCAGCAACAUGUUUAUGGCAAGGAAUUUCGGCAUCCCAAUAGAACCUACAGCUAAAUAUACGGUGGAUCCAGAGUGCUUUUUAAAUGUUAGUGAAAUUAUCCAAUAUCAUGGAUAUCCCAGUGAGGAACAUCAUGUUGAGACAGAAGAUGGAUAUAUCCUUACAAUCUUCCGAAUACCUCAUGGAAGAUAUAAUUUUACCAACAAAGGUUCCAAGCCAACUGUGUUUUUGCAGCAUUGUAUUCUUGGAGAUGCUUCCCACUGGGUUUCAAACCAACCCAGCAAUAGUUUGGGUUUUAUUUUAGCAGAUGCUGGCUAUGAUGUUUGGCUUGGAAACAGCAGAGGGAACACCUAUUCUUCAAAUCACAGCACACUGAAAUCAAGUGAGAAGAAAUUCUGGAAAUUCAGUUUUCAUGAGAUGGGAUAUUAUGACGUUCCAGCAGCCAUUAAUUUCAUCCUGAAUAAAACUAGGCAACAACAAUUAUAUUAUGUAGGACAUUCUGAAGGCACAGCAAUGGGGUUCAUAGCAUUCUCUACUUGGCCAAAACUGGCUGAAAGAAUCAAAGUAUUUUUUGCUUUGGGUCCUGUAACAACAGUGACGUUUGCUACAACGCCCGUCGUAAAAUUGGCCCAGUUUUCUGAAACAAUGUUGUAUAUUCUUUUUGGCAACAAAGGACUGCUUCCAUACCCUACGUAUCUGAGAAGGCCAAUUGCAAAGUUCUGUACCCAUCUACCUGGACUGUGUGCCAACAUUCUUUCCUUCAUAUGUGGAUACAAUAUCCCCAAUUUAAACAUGAGUCGACUUGAUGUGUAUGCCACACAUUUUCCAGCUGGAACAUCUGUGCAAAAUCUUCUUCAUUGGCGCCAGGUUCGUAAUACAAAGCUCUUUCAAGCCUAUGACUAUGGAUCCACAGAAAAGAAUAUGGAACAACAUAAUCAGACAGCUCCUCCUGUCUAUAAAAUUGAAGAUAUAAAAAUACCAGUUGCCAUCUGGACAGGUGGGCAUGAUUUCUUUGUUGAUUCAAGAGAUGCAGCAAUGUUAACCUCGAGGAUUCAUAAUCUUAUAUAUGAAAAGCAUAUUCCUGAAUGGGAACACCAAGAUUUCAUCUGGGGACUUGAUGCACCCAAACGCAUAUAUGCCGAUAUCAUUCAAACAAUGAAAAAGUAUCUUAAUUUUACAGCAAUGAGGAGCUCACUUUUCAGCUACGCAUAUUUUCUAUAACAUCCAAAUGAGAAUGUGUAUUCUGGGACAAACACCAUGCUUAUUUCCCUUGCAAGUGUUCUUGUUUUACUAAUUUUGCCUGAUGAAGAAGAAGAAACACCACCUAAAGUUUUUCUGAUGCAAAAGCUUGGAGGCUUCUAGAUAAAUCCAGUGUCCUAUGCGCCUACAAAUGGACCUGCAGCAUGACAAGGAUGGAGACAUAUUGGAUUGUAAAGAACGUGUCUUUGUUGUGAUGCAAAUGGAUGUUAAAUUUCCUGGACUUUAAAAACCUCCCAGUUGCCACAUGGCCAGAAGGCAGAGGGG